ACGUUUUUUGUCCCAACCACAUUUAAAAAAAUAUAUAAUUCUAGAAGAGGCGAAGUAUAUAUUUCGAAUAAUUUAUUUUGACUUUGAUUGGUAAUGGAGUUCGGUUUUUUUUAACGCUUGACUUGGUUAAUCUCACACAGAAUCGUGUUUAAAGUAAAUGCAUGUAUUUUAUUUAUUAUCAUAAACGAUAUAUCACAGUACUGUAGCGUCGUUUGAGCUUCACAAUAGUUGUAAACAGCAUACAAUGUACAUAUAGGCCUACUGUGUAUAUAUACUGUAUUAAUUUUAGUUACUUCUGCAAUUAUCCUUUUGUUCCUUGACUGAGAACCAAAAGUAAUACAAAUAUAUUGUCAUGUCUGCCUGUUACUUGUGUUUAAUUAACAGUCGUUAAAUCUAAAUAUUGCCUACUGUAACUUAAUUCCCACGUUCCACAAAAUGCCAGGGUGUGUGCAUAUGGGUGCGAAAAGGACUUGUGUGCACAAGCCUCCGCUCAAUCACGGCCAGCCCAGCCGACACGCUGGUUCACUUUAACCACACCCAGGACGGCGGUGAAGGUCCGCUGCCCUGCCAUGCUGUGGUUUGGCACCUGGAGCGACGUGACAGGGGCCGGAGAUGGCUUCUGAAGUCAGGGCUUUGGAAGAGCUGCACGGCGAGCUAACUUGCUCGGUUUGCCUGGAUCUUUUCCGCGAACCCGUGAUACUGGAGUGCGGACACCACUUCUGCCGCGUCUGCAUAACUCAGUGCUGGGACGCCAAGCCCGAGGAGAGCCCCACUUGUCCGCAGUGUAGGAAAACGUGCACCUCGAACCUUCGGCCCAAUUCGCUGCUGUGUAAUGUCGUGGAGAGCGUCAGACGGGCCAAGGCGAUGGAUACGCGUCCGAGGGAGCAGUCUGUGCGUCAGAGAGACGUGGUCCACAAACCGCCGGGAGCCGCUUCUGGGAGCGAUCGAGGGCGUGAAUACUGCCAGGAACAUGAGGAGAAACUUAAACUUUUCUGCGAAGACGAUCAAGUCGCUAUCUGCCUGGUAUGCGGCAUGUCCAGGGACCACAGGAUGCACCAUGUGAUACCGAUAAAUGAGGCGUUUGAGAACUACAAGAACACUCCAGGGGCCGGGAUGCCAUGUGACCAGUCCUGUGCCGGGUUCCAGGACCAGCUGACGUUGGCGCUGCGGAGGGUCCGUCUGCAGAAGGAGCAGGCAGUGCGCUUUCAGGCGCAGACCAACCAGAUCAUAGUGACGGUGAAGGAGCAGACGGCUGCCCUGGAGGAUCAGAUGGCAGAGGAGUUCCGGCAGCUCCGUGAAUUCCUGGACCGUGAGGAAGAGGAAGUGAAGGGCCGCCUACGGCGGGAGAAGGAGCGCAGGACGCGGCGGCUGGCCGAAUCCGUGGCGCAUGCCGCCGGACAGCUCAGCUCGCUGCAGGCUGCAGAGGAGCAGCUGCGCCGCAAGCUGCAGCAGGAGGAGAAUCCUGCUCUACUGAGGGGUAUGAGGGAUUUCAUCCUUAGGUCGGAGCCUGUCUUCCACCCCCCCGAGGAGCUGUCCGCUGACCUGCAGCCCGGGGAGUUUGUGGGGCCACUGCAGUACAGGGUUUGGAGGAAGAUGCGCUCCAUCUUGCAUCCAGGGUCCAGUAACCAGAUCACAAUCACUCAGAUCCCUACAGUGCAGCUUGCUGUCCUACAGGACACUGUCACCAUGACCUGUAAGGUCAGCUCAUCUGAAAAGCUUUCUGGUAAAUUAUCCUGGUACCAGCAGAAAGAUGGAUCCAUCCCUAAGCUCAUAAUAUAUGAAACUAACACCCGCUACUCAGACACUCCAGCACGAUUUAGCGGAGAUGUGAGCAAAGCUGCCUUCUCCAUGACUAUCACUGGAGUACAGGCUGAAGACGCAGCUGUGUAUUUCUGCUUUGCCGACUAUGGUUCCCCAAACCUCACACAGUGACACAGAGCAGUACAAAAACCCACAGUAACAGUCGGCGACUGCUGGUGGAUUUGAGGCCUCUCAGUCAACUGCUCUGUACGUGACAAUAUAAAUGAUGUUUAGGAAAUCCUGUGAGCCAUACCAUGAUUAACCAAAAAUAACUAUUCAAUAGUUUGGCUUAUGUGCAAUUUCUAUCACUCCUUUGUACAAUCUAAAUACAUUUAUAUUAUGGUGCUGCAUGAUCCAGGCUGGGAAAGAUGACGAUCCAUUAGCGACCCCAAGAGAAAAACUUUUUGUUAAAAAUGAAGACACAAAGGGAUAAACUACAAAAUAAGAGAGCAUGACGGGUAAAAAAACAAACUGGGAAAAAUAAGAGAUUAACUAGAAACCUAGAAACUAAACACAACUAAAGAACAAGAAAAGACAGAAAAACUGGGUAACACAGGGAGUAGACAUAGGGGGUUUUUUUCAAAGCGGGAUUUCUUGCUUAGCUGGAUAACUUGUUGGAUUUAAGGUAGUCUGGGCUAAAUGGACUAUAUCUUCGUCCACUUAAAUGUACCUCAGACUACCUUAAAUCUGACAAAUUAUCUGGCCAAGCAAGAAAUCCUGCUUCGUGAAAUACCCCCAUAGAAACUAAACAGAGCAACAACACACCGCUACUUAGCACACGAGAACAUAAACAACAAUGACUGACUAACAAAUUGAGUGAGAACAGGCACUUAAAUACUCACAAAGCAUCAAGGCAAACAGAGGACAAGUGUGACUUGUAAUCAACUCACAGGGAACACAGAUUGACUAGAAACAGGUGGGGUGGAUUACAAUGAACUAAUCACAGAACAAAGGAAUUCAAACAAACACUGAAAACUAUGAAACACUCAAAGCUAACAACACUAGGAAGAACUAAGAACCAAGGAACUCGUAAACAUAAUAAAACAAGGAACAGACAAGAUAAACCAAAACAGAAGCACAAGGAUAAACCAUAAAAAAACAAAAGCUAAGGAUAAACUAAAACCCAAAAAUAAACAAAUGGAGAGGCAGGCUAAAAGCCACUCAACCCAUGAGCUCUGCGGGGGUCUGGGGGGGCAAGGCAAAACAUAGGAGGGUUAAAAGGCUAAGAGACGGGUGAAGCAGGAUGAACAGCACCACCUGCAGGCCAAAUGGGGAAGAGACACAAAAGGCAGGGUCAAACGGUAUCAAUUAAUAGAUUUUAUAAAAUACAGCCAGUUAGGUUCACAUUUGAGUAAGUGUGACACAGCUGAUGUCACUGUGAGAGACACGAGAGACACUUUGCAUGCAGAGGAUCAUUUGCAUCAGUGUUAAACACUUCAGUGCCCUGGCAGUGUUUAUUAGUCCCGUGUGUUUAGCUCUUCAUGACUGACAGUCGGGUCUCAUCGCCGUGGAAAUAAAGGCAAACAUGAGCUUCAUCAUCAUCAUCUUCCUCUGGUCGCUCAUCUUCUGCAGUCAGGGUAGGAGGCGGCUUCUUACUGCUCACUUAUAACACAUUGAAACGUCUUAUGUCCUCCUGCUGUCCCUGUUUAAUGUACAGAGAUUUGUAUAGUUUUUAUAGGUAUUUAAUUGUGUACAGAAAUUUUUAUAGCUCUCAAGGUACUUGUGUGUGUAAUUUCUGCUUAUAUUUUUAUAUUUUUUAUAUUCUACGCACCAUGGGGAGGGCUGGGUGAAACGGCAUUUCGAUGCACGGUAUACCAUGUAUAUUGCUGUAUUGACAAUAAAUCCCUCUUGAAUCUUGAA